UGCUCUUCUGAUCUAGCUAACGCAAGCUAAUGGGCAAAAACUGAGUCCUCCUUGAAGGUUUCAAUGUAAAAGCAGGAGGAAUCGGAUCAACAAAGCUCAGUGUUUAAUGUGUGAUCAUCAGAAAUGAGCGUCACUCUGGAUCUGAGGCUGAAACGAGCCAACAAAGUCUAUCAUGAAGGGGAAACGGUGGCCGGUGUCAUCGUGUUGGUGUGUAAGGAGCCGCUGCAGCAUCACGGCAUCUCUCUCAGCAUGGAGGGACAGGUCAACCUGCAGCUCAGCUCCAAGAGCGUCGGCGUCUUUGAGGCGUUCUACAACUCUGUCAAGCCCAUCCAGCUGAUCAGCAGCAACAUCGAAGUGGCCAAGCCUGGAAAAAUCCCCGGAGGAAAAACCGAGAUCCCGUUUGAGUUCCCUCUGCAAACCAAAGGCAACAAAGUUCUGUACGAGACGUACCACGGGGUCUUCGUAAACAUUCAGUACACUCUCCGCUGUGACAUGAAGCGCUCCCUGCUGGCCAAAGACCUGAGCAGAAACUGCGAGUUCAUCGUGCACAGUCAGCCACAGAAAUCCAAAGUCGUCCCCACUCCGGUCAACUUCAAAAUCACCCCGGACACCCUGCAAAACACCCGCGAGGGCUCACCGCCCAAGUUUCUGAUCAGAGGACAUCUGGACGCCACCAACUGCGUGAUCAGCCAGCCGCUGACCGGAGAGGUGGUGGUGGAGAGCUCGGACGUCCCCGUCAAGAGCAUCGAGCUGCAGCUGGUGCGGGUGGAGACCUGCGGCUGCGCCGAGGGUUACGCCAGAGACGCCACCGAGAUCCAGAACAUCCAGAUAGCCGAAGGCGACGUGUGCCACGGCCUCUCCAUCCCCAUCUACAUGGUCUUCCCCCGACUGUUCACCUGCCCCACGCUGGAGACCACCAACUUUAAAGUCGAGUUUGAAGUAAAUGUCGUCAUCGUGCUUCAUGAUGAUCAUCUGAUCACAGAGAACUUCCCUCUGAAGCUGUGUCGGGUGUAAAGACUCCUGCUGACCAACACACCAGCUGCAGCUCCUGCAGAUCCACUGAAAAUACAAACGCUGUCUGUUGACCCCAACCAGUUCAGAGGUCAAAUCGGUUGAAGUCUUUUUCCUGGUUGUAAAUAAUGUUUUGAAAGUGAAAUUAUUUGACUUUU